ACGUGGCACGCAAUAUUUCCCACCAUUAAACUCCUCCAUUUGUAUUGCUGUUAUAACCAGAUGACACGACGCUGGAUUAUUUUAGAGAUAUGGAACUGGUUGAGGCCCGCUGCAUCCGGACUUGGAGUUCUCCCAGUCACCGAACACGUCUAUUCUGCAGGUCCGUCGUUUGCACCAUUCUCAGCUGGUGCUGCGUACAGCGUUGCUGUGCUGUGGUCUCUGCUGCAGUCGCUGCCGGUCUUCAUAUCGCACCGAGGCGACUUUGCUCGCUUCAUGGCCAUGGUCGCUAUAUAUACAGCGCGUGUGGUCGCCCCACUCCUCCGCGCGGGACAGCGGCACCGGCUCUCUGACAUGAUUGCGUGCUUCCACCUAUACUGCAGUCACUAUCCACUAACCAGUGAGGCCUGUUGGACUGUGCUGAUGGAUACGGUCGUGUGCUGCUCUGGCCUAGCCUCACUAACUACGGCUACUGCGGUGUGGGCCGUCCACGUAUCGGAACAGCACGUCUUUUACCAGUGGCGCAUUCUAUACCAUUUUCCCAGUAUGUUGGUGAGUUUUUUUGACUAUUUGAUGCUGUGUGGAACUACAUCCCUGCUUCGGUCUCUUGCUGCUGACGUAAGAAGAUCCAGUGCGCAACUUUAUAAAGAUCCCAACUACGUACCAUGCUUGUCAAACAAGGAGAAAGAACAGAGAAAUGAAGGCAGUGACAGCGAUGCGAACGGGCAUUGGCUGCACCUCAGACAGCGCCAGAGGAUUUUGCACGACCUCUUCCUCUUGGCAGGUUUAGCGCAUGGUGCCAACUUCUUUGCCUUUUUCUUUGCGAGUUACGGCUUCGCACUCUGGAAUCUCUCUGAAGGCCUUUCCCUGGCUAUUCAAGCUGGCGACAUCUCGACACGGGCUGCCUGGACUUUCGGCGCUGGGCUGGCCCACACCGCCACUUUGCUCGUCCUCUGCGGAUUAGUCGGAAAACGAGCUGCCGCCCAUCUACUAAUACGUGCUGACGCUCAACGGUUCUUGAUGCAGUUACCACGCACACGGGACACUCCGUAUCAUUGGUGUAGCAGACUGACUUGGGACAUCGAGCAGCAGGAUGGACGUUACAAUAUAAUCGGGGUGUUCAGCCUCAGCGGGGAUACGUCAGCAGUGAUUGUCGGAGUCACAGCAACGUUUAUCAUUACAAUGUUACAAACAGACCUUUUCAAGAUUGAUUCGUUACAAGCCAAUGGUUGGAGCUAAAUUUCAUCACCAUGAGUAGCAAUAUUUGGCCAUGUGAACUUUCAUUUCCUAUGGCAUAUUACAUGCUACCGAGCCUCUGCGGCCUGUACAGCUAACAUUUCCGUACCAAGCAAAGGGAUAAAAAAACAAUUGGCAUCAAAAGAGCCUUAUUAUUUUCUGUACGAGGUUCUGAAACAAUCAUUACAGUUAGAUCAUUUACAAACAUUCAGGCCUCAAAUGAAAAUUUCUAUGCCUUCUCAGCCAAGGGGGCAAAAGAAAACACCUUGCUGUAAAAUCUACCCGUCACCUUGACUUAUCUUCAACGAUCAGAAGAGGAAAAUUUUGACGUCAAAAUAAUGUCAAAUUAGGUCAACACGUCAUUUGACCUUGA